UCCCGUCUCAUUCUCCCUCUAUGUAUAAGCAUGUGGCGAAUGGGCCGGGGCCGGGAGUGUGCGUCUCCUGCACCGUUGCAAAUUAUCGUCUUGAGCUUCCAUCAUCCUCAACGCUGCACAGGGACGCGCUCUCUUUCUAAGGUCUUUGCUCUCUUUGUAUACAACAGAUAGAGAUGUCGGGCUUCUCGGCGACUCGGUGUUGGCUCUGGCUCCUCCUGAUCACCCUCUUCCGUCCAGCCAAUGCCCGGAUUGCCACCUAUCACCGUCCUUUGCGCAAGCGACUCGUCGAAAUUUCCAAGCCCUCAUCCUCUCUAGCCGACUCAAGCUUGCUCAAGGCUCGCCCGUCUAGUCUCAAACCAAACCCCCUACCAGAGUCUUUGGCUACCUCAUCUCGAGCUGUCGAGAGACCUCCCAAACCUCCAAACACUCUCCAUUCCACUCCCGAAGAGCAUCCCCAACCUCCUCGAGAUCCUCCCUCGGAUGGCUCAAACAUAUGGCCCCCAUCUCCUCAGCUUGAGUCCAAAAAGCCAGAUCCGGGCUCGAUUGUCACCUCCCUGCCCACGUAUCGGGAGUUGCUUGACUUUUGGAAAAAGAAGUUGACUGCCCCUCCUGUGGAACAGACGAUCACCCAAAGGACUGCCGCCGUCGAAAACAGAGUGGCCAAGGCAGUCAGGCGAAUCGAAAGAUCCAAACAUCGACCCAAGCCGCCCGAACCCGGGAAGAUUCAGGUGAAUCGGCUCUCCAAGACGCUCCUCGAGCGACUCUUUGCAGACAACCAUAACCAACAGGUCCACAAAGCAGGCUGGGUCAGUCUCUACGACCAUCCCGCUCGAAAGCCCGUCAGACAUCCCAAUCCUGAAACAGACGAACCGCACAGAGAUGAAGUGAUCCGGAGGCCACUCAGGUUCGGCACUCAUGAGAUGUCUCCAAUUCGCAGGCUGCAAUUCCUCACCGAGAAAUUAAAUCUGGCCGGGAGGAUGUCCCAGCCCUUCUCAGUGCCCAUCAAUCUUCAUCCCGCCCCUGGGAAGGCAGGCCCACAAGGCACGGUUCAGCUAAUCAAAAACACUCAGGAACUUCGACCUUCUGUUUCUGCUUUCAACUUGCCACCCACCGUAGGGCGUCAAAUUCUGGAAAAUGGACUUUCGAAAUUUCAUCCAACAGAUUCUCCAAGCGCACCGACCAUGCAAGUCCAGGAUCAGUUCUUGAUGGAACCCAAGAAUAAUCCACGACUUCAACCACCAGUCGAAGUUGCGGCCCCUGUAAAUUCGAAGACGACAAGGCUGAUACUUGGGCCAUCACUUGUGGCGACACAAGACAUCCUUCCGGAACCCCGAGCACCACAGCUCGAGCGCACCCGAGUCUCAGUGAUACUGAUCUCGAAAAUCUGGAACAAGAAGCCGCUCAGUGUGGCCGUCCUGUUAAUCGAUCAGAGUCUCUCCCAAAAAGGGGUUCAGACUUCUAUACACAUCUUCUUAGAUCCUGAACUGCACAAAGAAAUCACGCAUUUCUAUAAUGCCUUGUUAAAAUUCCAGGAUGGUUCUCAGAGGAGUAUCAAGGCCUUCCAGGAAGAUCCAGUCCUCAAAUUGAAUCUUCCUCCGGCCAUAAAAAUGGGCUCGAUGGACAAUUUGCACCCAGUGAAUGAGAUGGUUUUCUCAAUGUGGAAGAAACCUCCGCUCCCACUCUCCUCCCCUGCGCUCCACCACGGGGAGACCGUGCCGAAAAACUUACAUGACGGGGAAGAAGCAGUUGCACCGUCAGAGGGCAGAUCUAUCUUCCAGGUGAAUGGCAUCAAAACCCUCUUUGCAACUUUCAGCAGCGCCGCAGGGGUCCAUAGUCAGUUCAUCAAAAGCUUACUUGAUCGAAGUGCAAGGGUUUACUCGGAAUUACCAAAAAUCCAUCCAUUUGAAAAGACAAGAAAGCUUACGAUCAUGAACAACAUAAAGGCGUGGUCGGCUACCAGUCAAAAAACCGUGGGACAAAUUGUUUCUCAACUCCGAUCUUUCAUCAAGCCGGCGCCCCGUUUGAAAGCUUUAGAGCAGCAAGCCGGUAGGCUGCAUGUGGAAGGGUUGACUAUGCCCGGAGACAAGCUUGGCCCUGUACCUCGGCCCUUGCCAAGUCCGGCUCGGGGUACUUUGCAUGAGGAGGUAUCAUUUAGUGGAGAUUCAGCGGGAGAGCAGUCGAGCCUUGCCAAGCCUAUCAUCGCUCUUCCAGAUCAACCUCACAAGUUGCAGACCCCUCACCUCUCAGCGCUCAUGAGGCCAGAGGUCUUGACUGAAAAACCAAUGCAAAAGAUCCACCUACCUCAAAGAAACACCCGCGUCGAUGGUCAACCGAACUCGAUUCAGAUUCUCUUGGAUCCUGAGACCUACGCAAGUCUCUUACAUGUGUACAGUGCGCUAUUCAAGUCGUCAAGAGAGCCUGUAAAGGGCACUAAGACCCACCCGGUACAUUCGACUCUCUCGCUUAAGUUUCCGGCUAAUUCAAAAGAGGCGCGUCUAGAUAGAAGCCCUUUGAUCACGAUUUCCUCUGCUGAUCAUAGUAAUAGUGCAAUCAUGCUCAAGACCCAGCAUCUAACAGCCGCCAAUGUGAUGGGACAAACAGCAGACCACAAAGACUCCGUCUUUCAAGUGAUCGGGGGAAAGGCUCUCUUGACUAUGAUAAACACUAUCGUCAAUGACUAUAACAAAUUCUUCAAAGGCUUGCUUCGCCCAAGCUUUAAGCUGUACUCAGGAUCCAUAAAGUCACAGGCUGUUAAUCCGAGUAAACAGUUGACUCUCAGAAGCACAUGCCAAGCCUGGUCAAGAUCUACUCAGAAGCCACUCGCGCUGAUCGUCUCUCAGAUCCGACACAUCAUGGACGGAUUUCCCAGUGCCAGUGGCAUGGUGACACCCGGCAGCAAACGACCGCUAAGAACGCUGGUGAUGGGCGAAGGCGAUGGUAGCCUUGCGCGCCUGAACGUCGCCCGUCAUUACACUGGGAGACGACCAGCCGUUGAUAGUCCGGCAAGAAAUCAGUUGCAAUUAACUGGCCCGGAUACUCCACAGUCUCAUCUUGUCACCCAACCGACGUCGGGUACCUAUGAAACAUCCAGACUUGACGAGAAACUUAUCAAAAACACACAAGGAGCUCCCAAGCCCAUUGAGGCCCCAUCAUCCAGAAUUUAUGCCGUGAAUGAAAAGCUGAACCUUAAUAGUCGCAUACAAUCGCCGCCGUCACAAAGCACCUCAAUUCGGCUGCCCAAUGGCUACGCUAAGGCUGACUUGGCGCAGCCGAAGCCGGUCCCAAUGUCGCAUCCGUCCGUGGCAAUCCCGGGACCAUCAGCUGAACUUGUAAAUCCAUUGAGCGAGAUACAACAUGGACUCGAAAGAGCUAAUCACCAGGCGACUCUCACCAAACCCGUUGAAGUCCGUCCUCCCCAAAUCCCCAAAAAUCUUGGAAAUCUUGGGAAUCGUCUUCCAUCGCCUUCGCCAGGAGAGCCGCCGAGCGAGCUUGGACAUGAUGCCAGAGACAAGACCGGGUUGGUUGAAAUUCCCAAACAGUCCUCCACGCCAGUACCCAAAGACCACCAAUCGCAUCCGAUCGAGGAGGUCCCCCGAAUCGCGGAAGAGCUCAAAAAAGACACCCAUCGUGCUCACGAGCUUUUGGAUAGCAAGUCUUCAAGCGAACGCCUCAACCCUAAAAAACUGGACCCGAUAGAUGUCCAUAACCGCCCAGAUCAUGGCUUUGACUAUGACGAUGACUUCGAUUUACUCUCUUCGCCAGAGGCAGAAACCAGAAAGCCCCCCAAGCGGAAAGGUUUCGUUAAAUGGUUGAUCCGAUUGAAAGAUCGUCUCUUGAAACCUUUGGCACAGCUCAAGAGAUUCCUUGCUUUCGAGCACCUCAUGCGGACCCAUAGGCCACCCAUUUGAGAUGGGAAUCUGUUGCUAACCCAAUAUCUUUGAUAUUCUGGGUUAUGUUACCUCCCGGAUUUCCCUUCUUAAAA